AUGUCCGACUCAGGCGAUAAGAAGGGCAAAGCCCCCAACCGCAACCAAGAUGAGGCUGGGGCCCCCUCUGACUCGGGUAAAGAAGCUGGAAAGAAGCUCCCCGCGAAUUUUGCCUCUCUACUCCUCGACCAAAAUCCCGCACUGAAGAAAGAACUCGCAGCAAUGGACAAGGACCAGGCCGCCGCCCUACUGCACAACAUGGAUCUUUCGCAGAUGCUCACUGGAUUGGCAGUGGGAGGAAAGAACCAGAAGGACAUGGCCUCAUACAAGUUUUGGCAGACACAGCCGGUCCCUGCUUUUGAUGAUGCUGCCAAGAAGCAGAUUGUUCAGGGGCCUAUCAAGGUCAUCGACCCGGAGAGGGUGUCCAAGACCCCCGACGCGCUGCUUGAUGGAUUCGAGUGGUGCACUCUUGACCUUACAAACGAGGGGGAGCUGAAGGAGCUUUAUGAGCUACUUAAUAACCACUACGUUGAGGACGAUAACGCCAUGUUCCGUUUCAGUUACUCGGAAUCCUUCCUGCAUUGGGCCCUUAUGUCUCCCGGAUGGAGGAAGGAAUGGCACGUCGGCGUACGCGCCACCAAGUCGCGUAAGCUGGUCGCUUCUAUCUGCGGUGUCCCCACCGAGCUCCGCGUUCGCGACGAGCGCAUCAAGGUCACCGAGAUCAACUUCCUGUGCAUUCACAAGAAGCUCCGCUCUAAGCGUUUGACUCCCGUUCUGAUCAAGGAAAUUACCCGUCGCUGCUAUGUCGAGGGUAUCUUCCAGGCCAUUUACACUGGAGGUGUUAUCCUACCGACACCUGUCAGCUCUUGCCGCUACUACCACCGUUCUCUGGAUUGGUUAAAGCUCUACGAAGUUGGAUUCUCCCCCCUGCCCCACGGCUCGACCAAGGCUCGCAUGAUUACGAAGAACCACCUCCCCAGCGAAACAUCCACACCCGGUUUGCGGCCUAUGGAAGCCAAGGACAUCGAUGCCGUCUUCGAUCUGUUGGAACGUUACAUGCGCCGCUUCGAUAUGAACCAGGCCUUCACCCGCGAGGAAAUCGAUCACUGGCUGGUGCACAAGAAGCAGCCCGGUAAGGACCAGGUCGUCUGGUCAUAUGUUGCUGAGGACCCAGAGACACACAAGAUCACCGACUUUGUCUCCUUCUACAACCUCGAGUCCACAGUGAUCGAUCACCCUAAGCAUGACUCCGUCCACGCCGCCUACCUGUACUACUAUGCGACUGAGACCGCUUUCUCUGACGACAAACAGGCCUUCAAGGAACGCUUGCAGGUCCUGGUGAACGAUGCUUUGAUUUGUGCCAAGCAGGCCCGCUUCGACGUCUUCAACGCUCUCACCUCCCACGAUAACCCCCUUUUCCUCGAGCAGCUCAAGUUUGGUGCUGGUGAUGGUCAGCUCCACUUCUACUUGUACAACUACCGCGCUGCACCUAUUCCCGGUGGAAUUAACGAAAAGAACCUGCCCGAUGAGUCGAAAAUGGGAGGCGUUGGUAUUGUCAUGCUCUAA